AUUAUAAUUAUAGAAUGCUGGUCCGCAGUUUUCAACAAACUAUAUCACAACAAUACGAUUAGUAACUUAAUCUUAUUUGAAAAUCAAACAGGCUAUUCAUUAUUACGCAGGACUUCAAAAGAUGAAUUUACCAAUAUAUCCAGCAUCUUUGGUUUGUGGCUUUCCAAUGUUGCCUUUGUUCCUCAACAAGUUAUCAUGAAACAUGCCUUUGAUGUAGCUAUAAUGCUAGACACAGUCGUAUAUGAUCCAAGAUUGCAUCUUCAACAUUUGGCGCCAUCUGACGGCAAUUCGACCUUGGACAAUUUUCUGCCAUCUUUGGACAAAAGCGAUAUAUCUUCAUCUUCUAUUGAUCUUAUGAGCACCAAUCGGCAUCUUCUACGGAACGUUACUGGAACUGCAGAGAACAAGUGGCCAGAUUUUUUUAGAAUCAUGUUGGAACAAUUAUUCUCAAAGGCCAUGGCUUUCAGCAUUACGGGCGACGAUAAGGACAGUACAAAAGUCGAAAACAUUUUUGGAAAUUUAGCCAUCAUCUUUGACGAUCUUCACAAUAACGACGUGGAUUCAUCAACACCGGAAGUGACACCAUCUACUGGAUUCCAAAUAUUCGCAUCGUACAUCGCAUCCCAUUGGCGGCAAGUAAUGCUUCUCUUUAUGAGUCAUCCAUCCAGAGUUUGUCGAGCAAUGGGCUAUCGUGUUAUGAUCAACUCCAAGUUCUGGCUUCAAGAGGAUCAACUUCAACCUUCUGACCCUCCAGCAAUUGCAAAGGCGCUUGUGGAAUCAUGGUUUACGCAACUAAAAAGCAGGUACUCUAUGGUAGUAGAAAAUGAUGAAGAUCGUCUUGGUGACAGUAACGGUACAUUAGAUAUAUGUCUAUUGGAACUACAGCAGCUUAGUAAGAUGAAUAUAAUAAAAAGGGGGGGGGGCCGACAUACCACCAAUUCAAAAUAUGGAUCAUAUACACUUGAUAUUCCUCGAUAUAUACCCACUAUUGAAGUUCUGAAAUCGGAUUGGAAAACCAAGGACAAAAUCUACAUGAGUAACAUUGACCAUACAGCAAAUAUAUUGCGUCAGACAUCUAGUGAAGGUAAGAUCUUCCCAACACGACAGCUUAUGAUCAGUAUCAACGGCAAAUUACCGACACUAUCAACCGUAUCGCAAGAUAUAUACGACGAUGCUUUACCGUACAAAAUACCAUAUGCAACCGAUAUUACCAAUGGCAAUGCAUUCAAAGAUCAUCCCAUAUUGUUCUUGAUGUUGGAUCAAUGUUUUGAAGUGGAUCAAAAUUCAUGCAAAGCUCUCUUACGUAGUGUAUUUAUCUAUUUUGUUACUUUUUGGAAUCUUCAAGAAGUCGCCAACAAACCCAUGUCGUUAUACUUUGCCACUCAAUUACAAGAAACCAUAUAUCUAUUAUCUCGAAUGGAAAUGGUAAGUAAGAAGUGA